CUCUACGUGAUGGAAUGUGGGGGCGGUCUGAUUGUUCCUUAAUUUUCCGUGCAUGACUUUAGGGGAUGGCUGACAAAAGACCGAAUGAAUGGGUGCAGCUUUUGCUGUCUAGAUUUGACUCUCAGCUUCCCAUACGAACUGGGAUACAUACUGCCCAGUCGACACAAAAUAUGGAAAGAAAUAAAGAAUGUUUAGUCAAUGUCAGCAAGUAUAAAUUUUCACUUGUUAUAUCUGGCCUAACAAAAAUGCUUCAAAAUAUUGACAGUAUGCAAGUUUAUGGCCCAGAUGCAGAAAGAAAUUUUUGUGAUUCACUUCUAAUUGUAUUAGAAACACUGGAGAAAUGUCUAACAUGUCAACCUCAUGAUACUUCUCGAUUGGAUGAAACUAUUCUAGUGAAAAAUUUACUUCAAGAACUUUUCAGAGUUCGUAAUCUUGUAUUAAAUUUCAUGCAUUUAACUAGCGAUAAUGGAAAAAUGUAUAAUCAAUUAUUAUUACUUGUAUCACAAGUACUGUAUGCCUUGAGCACACAAUAUUUUAAUGCUGUAUUCAAUCGGAUACCAAACUGUUUAGCUUUGGCUGCUCAAGAUGAAUCGAAUGUUGAUCAAGCUAAUGAGCUAGAAUUGAUUCAACACUUAAAUUUAGAUAUACGUAAAUUAUCCCGUCUUAUAGUCGAAAUAUGUAAUCGAUUCAGAUCAUUGAAAAAAUCUACUUGGUUACAUCUUGCAGUUUAUUUGGAAAGAGCCAUUUGGAAUUGGCUUGAAAAUUAUCCACAAGAAUUCGAUGAUUUACAAAAGAAACCGAAUGAUGAAUUAGCCGAUUGUUGUGAACGUCUAUUCGAUUUGUUCACGUCAUUAUGCGCUGAAAGUGGACGAAAGAAAGUGCUUGUUUGGCCUUUACAAAUGAUGCUGUUAGUGUUGUGUCCGAAAAUUCUAGAAGAGAUUAAUAAUGCUGAAAAUGGUGCACCAUUAUCACCAGAACAUCAGAAGAAGAAACAGUUUUUAGAUGAAGCCAUAUCAUACAACACUGCUUGUCAAUAUUUAUCUUCACUGUCGUUGACAGAACAACAAGAAGAAGGAGAGGAGGAAUACAACAAGCAGCUUUUUAGUUGA